AUGGCAGCAGAAACCCUUCAUCUAGCAGCAACUGCCCAGCUGUGGCAGGGUCUCCUUGCUCACCAGUCGGGUGAAGCGGUCGUCAUCAACGGCUCUGGCCUCGACAUCCCCGCCGUGGUUGCCAUAGCCCAUCAUGGCUGCCUCCCUCGCCUCACCGAUGAUCCCGUCGUGCUCGACCGGAUCGAGAAGAGCGUCAGCGUGUUGAACGACCAUCUCGCCAAGGGAAAAUUUGUCUACGGCGUGAAUACGGGAUUCGGUGGGAGCGCAGACACUCGUACCGACCGGACGACAGCCCUGCAAGCCAGUCUCCUGCAGCUGACACAGGCUGGGAUUUUGGUCACUCGCGAUAAGGUUAAUGACAAAAGCAAUAGUGAUUCCCCCCUUGCUUCGCACAGCAUGCCUGCUGCGUGGGUGCGUGCUGCACUGGUUGUGCGGUGCAACACCAACGCCCGUGGUCACUCGGCUUUGACACUGGAGACGCUCACAUCGUUGCUGGCCCUGCUCGAGCACCGAAUCACGCCCGUCGUACCGUUGCGCGGGUCGAUUUCCGCGUCGGGCGAUCUCAUGCCGCUGUCUUACAUUGCGGGCGCUGUCGAGGGGAAUCCCGACGUGUACGUGCAGGUGGCAGACGCUGAAGACAACAAAACCACCAUCACCAUGUCCGCCAGGGAGGCGCUCGCGGCGGCGGGACUCCAGCCACAGAUCAUGAAGCCCAAGGAAGGGCUGGCACUCGUGAACGGGACGGCAUUUGCUGCUGCGCUGGCGAGUCUGGCGCUGUACGAGUCCCACCAGCUGGCAGUCCUGGUGCAGGGGCUGUCGGCGAUGGGGGUCGAGGCGCUCGGCGGAACCACCGAGAGCUUUCACCCGUUCAUCGCUGCCGUCAGACCGCACGACGGCCAGCUGGAAUGUGCGCAGAACAUGCGAUCGCUGCUCCAGGGAUCGCGGCUUGCCCUGGACGGCAACCAGCGCGCCGGGCUCAUCCAGGACCGCUACGCCUGGCGCACCGUCCCGCAGUGGAUCGGGCCCCAGCUGGAAGACCUGCUCCUGGCCCAGGCGCAGGUCACCACGGAGCUGAACUCCUCCAGCGACAACCCGCUGGUCGACCCGCAGUCCGAACGGAUCUACAGCGGUGGCAACUUCCAGGCGGUGGCCAUCACCUCGGCCAUGGAGAAGACGCGGCUCGCGCUGCAGAUGUUUGGCCGGCUGAUCUUUGCGCAGACCGGCGAGCUGAUCGACCCCAACUUCAACAACGGCUUGCCCACCAACCUGGUCGCGGAUGAUCCCAACACCUCCUUCACCAUGAAGGGCGUCGACAUCAGCAUGGCCUCGUACAUGGCCGAGCUGGCGUACCUGGCGUCCCCCGUCAGCAGCCACGUCCAGGCCGCCGAGAUGCACAACCAGGCCGUCAACUCCAUGGCGUUUGUCUCGGGCAGGUACACCCUGCAAGCUGCCGAGUUGGUGGCCAUGAUGUGUGCGUGCAAUCUGUACGUCUGCUGCCAGGCGUUGGAUCUUCGCGCGCUCCACCUGUCUUUCCUGGAUGCCAUCGCUCACCGGCUGAAAGAGGUGACUGGCUUGCUCUUCUCGACCGUCUUGUCCGACAAGCAGGUGGAAAAGCUCAACACGGCUCUGUGCGGAAAGAUUGCCCUCGUCUGGCCUACUACAUCGCGCCUGGUUCUUGAUGAACGUAUUACCACGACCCUCAAUGCAUGCCUUCCUGUUUUCCUAGCGGGAGUCACACCCCAAGAAGACAAGGGAGCCGAGGAAGAAGGCAGCUUGCUCUCCACUCAAGAUAUCAGUGCGUGGAUGACCGGGGCCAGGGAACUCAUGCACGCCGUCUACAAGGAGACAUGGGCUUCCUUCGUGGCAGAACCGCACACCGCGACUCUCCUGGGCGUCGGGUCCAAGGCUCUCUACCAUGUUGUGCGGAACGAAAUCGGGGUCCCCUUUCACCGUGGGCUUGUCGAGCAUCCGACGCCUUCAGAGGGGGGUGACACCCUUGCCGGCCGCGACAGGAAGACCGUCGGCUCGUGGAUCUCGAUGAUUUACGAGGGUAUUCGCGGGGGCAAAGUUGGUGGUGCUCUGCUCGAGGCUCUCUGUUUGUGCAGCUAG